UUGAAGGCUGAUCAAGAUUCAAAUAAAAAAGUCACAAAACUCGAGCCGACUGGGACAGUUCUUCCUCAUGCGCUAGGUCCGCAAGAAAUUGCUCAAAUUGAGUUAAAUCCUUCCGAGCAAAAGAUCGCAGAACCGGGAAGUGUUAAGUCCCCGAAGACUGAAGAUUAUGACUGGACCAUUUUCACUAUUCUAGUGUUUGUCGCCGGAUCUUUGAUACUAGUAGUUCCUGUAAUGUCGAUUAUCACUUUGAUGAAGUAUAGACAGUACGAAGCCUUGAGCAGCGUUUCCGAUGAUGGAAAACAUAGGAGCGACCAUGUAAACGAUGAGAAAAGCUCAUUCAUCGAGAGGAGCAGCAGUAGUGGAAGAAGCUAUUGA